CUGACGUCACGCCGCCGGGCCCGCCCCUCGCCAUGGCGGCGCCGUGCGCGGAGAUGGAGCCGGCGGCGCCUCCUCCGUCCCCGCCCGCGCCUCCCGCGGCCGGGCCGGGCUCGGCCGGGCUCGUGUGCGCGCAGGGCCGCAACCUGCGGGCCGUGCUGUGCCAGCGCUGCGGCUCCCGGGUGCUGCUGCCCGGCGCCGCCACCUUCGCCCGCCGUGAGCUGCUCCUGCCCGCCAUGAGGAAGAAGGCGGCGGCGGCGGCGGCGGGAGGCGGCGGGGACGUGCUGCGGGAGCACUGGCUGGUGCGCGACAUGUUCUCCUUCGAGAACGUGGGAUUCACCCGCGACGUGGGCAACGUCAAGUUCCUGGUGUGCGCCGACUGCGAGGCGGGGCCCAUCGGCUGGCACUGCCUCGACGACAAGGACAGCUUCUACGUGGCGCUGGAGCGCGUGGCCCACGAGUGACGCCGGGCCCGGGCUGGAGCUGGCCCGGCCCCGGGAGCCCCGCCAGCCCCGCGGGCUGACCGCAGCCGGGAGCCCCAGAGCCUGACUGACCACGGCCCGCCUGCCACCCGGCCUGGCUGGCCACAGCUCGCCUGCUCCCCGGUGUGACUGACCCACAGCCCAAUGGUCACCCCAUUUCCCACAUCCACAGGCUGAGCAGCGUCAGGAACUGCAGCCCUGGCACGGCCAGCUCCUCACCUGCCCCCACAUGGAGAGGGUGUUGGUGGUGGAAGGUCCCUGUACCCUGCAGGGACAGCUCACCCUGACAUUUUCACCACGUAGCCUGAUCUGCCCCAGUCUGGCUGUCCUACCACUUCCCUGGUUGCUCCAGGGGGCUGAGGUGUCUCUCAUGCUGGUGGCCCUGUGACACCACGCAAAUGGGGGCACUGGGACAGGGCAGCAGGAGGACAGGACUGCUGCACUGAGUGGUUGUGGCAGCUGAAACUGUCUGACCUGCAGCCAGAGCAGUUCCAGGGUUUAAGGCUGGAUCUUCUGUUGAUUUCCAGAAGGAAUGUUCGCUGCCCCCAGCUCUAACAUUUAUGUUCUCCAAAACCUCACCCCACCUGACAGCUCUGUGAGAGUUGUGGCACCUCAAGUGAGUGUGAGGCAUUCCAACUACCAUGUGCAGUUCUAUUAACUGAGUACUUGGGAAUAAAACACAGGUAGAAUGUGCAGACAGCAUAGGGUGAUACAGCAGCAAACAAAGAAAAUGUGCCAGACCAUAGAGCUUUCAGGCAGCAAGAGUGAAGAGAUUCCAGCCUGAAAAGGAUCUGAAUCAUUGGACAGGCGGUGCUGAAGCAUGUCAGAACACAUGUUAAACAGUGAUGUCAGGAAGGAAUUUCUCUUCUGUAAAACCUGGUGGUAAGAGUAAUCUGGGUAUUGUGACCAGUUUUGAUUUCUGCCUUUUAAAAGCUGGUCACAGAGCUAAUUAAAAAUGGAAGGAGGCUGCAGCAGGUGUGGUUCUCACUGCAUUUAUCACUGCUGGAAUCCUGGCCCGGUUCAUUCUACAUUGCUGACCCCUGUAUGAGUGACAGAACAGCUCUCCAGGGAUGCUCAGGGGUCCCUGGUGCUGUGCCUCACUGUGGCACAUGUCACUGUCCUCGCCUCAUAAGCACUUGGGUCCUGACAUAGCUGUCACUGUGCUGGGGUGAUGGGCUUGUUUGUGCCACCAAACUCAAGGUGGGAUGUAGGUGUGCUGCCCCAAGGCUGUGGGAAGAACCUUUCCCUUGCCCCUCUAAUGAAACAAUUUUGUUGGCAGGGCUCUGUAGGGUCUCUCAGAAGAGGCAUCCUGACAGCAGGACAGAAACAAGUCCCUUCUUCCUGCAGUGCUUGAGCACCUGCACUGUUAAGAUUUGGAGACUCUGCCUUAAUGUGUGGCCUGUUCUGGGGCUGCUCUGUCAGGAACCUCUGCUAUGGGCAGUCAGGAUUUAUCAGGGGAGGGAUUUAUCAGGAUUUGUCAGAGGCAGAGCUGUGGUCUGGGGCUGAGGGUCUCACUGGAGCAGGAGGCAAAUCCUGUGCUGUGUCAUUGCUAAAUGUGUCAGAUGGACAUUUGUCAUGGAAACUGCUUCUUCCCUCCUGCCCUUCCUGUCUCUUAGCCCUAAGCCCAAGGACUGCCCAGGUUCAUCAAGGAGAUGUGCCUCAAAGGACAAGAGAGCUUCACCUGGGUUCUGCACAGGCAUCGCAGAAUGGUGGGAUUGCAUCACUAGUUUCAUACAUUUAUUUGGACUGUUGUCUCUUAGGAUAUGUGUUCUGACCUGUACUACCCCACUUACAGUCCAUGUUACCUGAAUGUGCUGUGCUGCACAAGCUUCAUUUUGAAGGCACCACUGUGCAGAACAGACUGUGGAAAUCAGCUUGACUAAUGCUGAGUAAAUAACCUCCAAAAAAUGGUCCAUGUGGAUUCCUGAGUAGUGGGUGGCACUGGGAUGGAGCUGGGGGGUGGUGGCAGCUUUCCCAGUCAGUAGAACACCCCUGGACAGAGGGGAGAGCUCAGGCCAAAGGCCAAAGGCCUUCACAUUGCACUGGCAGUAACUGAAAUCCACCUCAGCACAGUGCUCCAAGUGCUGUGAGCUCCUGCUCCUCUUCCGUGGGAGAGGGGAGGCAAAUCCUCCGUGCAUCCAGGUGUGCUUUCUGCUGACUCCUAAAUAGGAUCCCAUAGACUUGAAAUGCUAAAAAGAACUGAACCGUGUGAUGGGAAUUCUUGGGAAGAAGCGUUUGUACCAUGACAUCUUGGGGGUCAUUCAGCCUCAGGUAGGUUCUUGAGUUCCUGAGCUUGGAGAGGCCAUGAGAAACAUUCAUAUUCCCAGAGGUGACUGAGAAUUUCAGGGGGUGGGCAGGAAGUGGGGAAAAGGCAGCAUCACUGUGUGGAAUUUGAGCUCAGGCAGCUCCGCUGUGCUGUUAAUGGAGCUUUGUGGGAGGAGUGUCCCAGGCAGCAGAUGUGGCCUGGGGGAAGAGCAGCUGCUGCUCCACUGGACACAUCCCCAGGUUUGGGAUCUGCUGAAGCUGCACUGUUCCUGUGGCAAUGAGAGCUAAUAAAAAUUCACAUAGACUCACAAA